CUAAAACAAGCACCAUGCCUGGACUCAUUAACAAGGAGAACCGGAGCGCUCUGCCCCUUAGUGUCUCUGACAUCACUUCCUGUGUCAGGGGUUAUACUUUGGCCCUGACAGCCUCUAUGACCUACGAAAAUAUCGAGGACCAUGCAAUUGAGGGGAUGUUCAUUUAUCCGCUGGAGGAAAAUUCCAUUGUUGUGGGGUUCGAGUCUAUGAUAUCCAGUCAGAUUAUAACACUGCAAAUCAAAGACAAGGCAAAAAUUGAUGACUGUUAUUUGGAUUGCUGCAACACAUCUAAUGGAGGCCUCCAGAGUGGCAGUGGACACAUAGUGUUGGAUGAGGAUUUGGAAAGGACAGUGUUAGUUGUUAACCUUGGGAUCAUCCCUCCUAUGGAGACGGUCCAUAUUCUAGUUAGUACUUCUUCUGAGCUCUCCACCCUGCCCAGCGGCGGUAUAAGGGUCUCAUCUCCACCUGUGUGUACACCCCGGGUACAGAGGACCAUCAACGAGGAGCAGGGACUAUCUCCAAACUUCUCCAGAACGCGGGACAGGCUCACUUGUGCCUCAAGUCCUCAUGAUCAAACUCCCAACUCCCCCCAGCUGUGGUUGGCUUCAUUACUGGAGGAGGAGGCCAUCAACUCCAUGGACUAUGAGUUUAACUUCCAGCUGGAGAUUCGGGCUCCCUAUCUCCUCGCAGGUGUAGAGAGCCCGUCUCAUGCUAUCCGAGCUGAUGCAGACCCUCUGGCCCGCUCUGCCACCAGCGUCGUCAUCACUCUGGCAGACAAGUACACUUAUGACUGUCCUGUCGAAAUCCUCAUCUACCCGAGCGAGCCACAUGUACCACAUGUGCUCAUUGAGAAUGGAGACAUGAUGCAGGAGGAGUACGAUGAGUAUCUUCACGGCCGGAGCGAUUUCAUCAAGGCUACCAAGAAGGACUCCAGCAAUGAGAGGAAAGUAGAUAUCAUUCACAGACGACUCCAUAAGGACAUCCUCCACAACCCUGUGGUCAUGUUGAACUUUUGCCCUGACCUCAAGUCUAUCAGCUCAGACCUGAGGAAGGUUCACGGCGAGUUUAUCUUCCUCAUCGACCGCAGUGGUAGCAUGAGUGGGGUUAACAUCAACCGUGUGAAGGAUGCCAUGGUGGUGAUUCUCAAGAGCCUUGUGCCAGGCUGCCUUUUUAACAUCAUAGGCUUCGGCUCUACAUUCAAAUCACUUUUCACAACCAGCCAGAACUAUGACGAGGAAGCCCUGGCCCUGGCUUGUGAGUAUGUUAGGAAGAUCAGAGCCGACAUGGGGGGGACCAACAUCCUAGCACCGCUCAACUGGAUCUUGAGGCAGCCGAUGUUCAACGGACACCCACGCCUACUCUUCCUGCUCACCGACGGGGCCGUCAGCAACACAGGCAAGGUUAUCGAGCUGGUCCGCAGCCAUGCACGCUACAUCAGAUGUUUUACAUAUGGCAUAGGACAGAAUGCCUGCAGGAGGCUGGUGAAGGGACUGGCAACUGUUUCCAAAGGAACAGCAGAGUUCCUGGCCGAAGGAGAGAGGCUGCAACCCAAGAUGAUAAAGUCCCUAAAGAAAACCAUGUCUCCAGUACUCAGUGAUAUUUCCAUCGAAUGGCUCUUUCCUGAGACCAAAGAAGUGCUGCUGUCCCCUGUGGGCAACACCUUCCUGUUUCCAGGGGACAGUCUGAUUGGUUACUGUGUGGUUUGUGACACCACCCGCUACCAUGCCAACCCCAAAUCUGAUAAGAGGAGGCGAUACAGCAUGAUGCGCUCCAUUGAAUCAGCCAGCUCUGUGUUUCACUCUCAAGAAGAGGACCCAGUGAAGACAGGUGUCGACAGUCAGGGAUCCUACAGGGAAGCACUCACUGGCCCUCUGUAUGACUUCUACCAGGACACCAUGAUAGACAGCAGCCCUGCCACCACAGAGCAAGACACCAUGGGGUUGGAUUGUAAGACCUCUCCGAGAAGGCGCGCAUACAGUACCAACCAGAUAAUAGACUACAACCCAGCAAAGAAGGUCUACACUCCCAGUGAUCCCAGUUCUGUGGUGGUAAAGAAUCCACUGAGGAGAACUAAAGUCCAGGAGCUGAUAGGCCAGAUGAGCCCUGAGCACGAGGCACAGUGGAGGAACGACUACCAGCCACAGCUGGCGAGCCUGUGUGCCACAUCUUCCAGAGGCCGUUCCGCCAGCUGUCACAGGCCGUUCCCUCCGCAGGAGCCGCUGCUGCAACAGGAAGCCGACUCAGAGCUUCAUUUCCAUCCUCAGCCUCAGGACAACCCUCAGCUCAGCGGCAUCAGCAUGACGCCUUCAGCUCGCAACACCGCUGGAGAGGAUGGCUCCAGAUCGUCCACUGACAGCCCAUCUGUUGGCAGUGCUGGAGAUACAGAUGGUUAUGGACACCAGUUAUGUCAAGCAGAAACCCCACAAGAGACCAGAACAUCAGAUCUGGGUGCAGCAAGCCAGCACAAAGGUGACUGCAAGGCCUUGGUGUCCGGACUGCUGUGUGGGAAACCAGAGAAAUGGGAGGUCGUCUUUGAUAUCGAGCCCUUCCUGAAUGGCCGUGAACGUGAGGAAAAGGUUCACGAAGAGCUGUGGAAUGAGACCUUCCACCACCUGGCUGGACGCUCCAUCAUACAUGACUUUGAACACAUGGUGGAUAAGGAGUGUGAGAUUGAACAUGGCUCUGGGAGGAAGUACCAACUAUAUGCUAUUCACACCAGCAAGGCCUGCAAUAUACUGAGCAAAUACACAGCGUUUGUUCCAGUCGACCUGGAUACUAAUGAGUAUUUGCAGACAUGUAUUGAGUACAUAAACCCCAGUGAAAGUCUAAAGAGGGGCUCACAUUCCAGCUCUCGUUCAGGGAGCAGGAAGAACCGCGGGUACUCCAUCGGCUUGGGUCGCUCCCAAUCUGGUGGCAUGUCCGAGGAAGCUGAAGAUGUCCUCCUGCCCAACAAUGGAGAAGAUGGUGUCUCUCCAUGCAGCACCCCCACCUCCUCCGGCUGGGAGAGAUGUAGCUUCACAGAGGUCUCUCAAAGGAGUCCGUCUGUGACCUCUGACCAGUCACAGAAAUCGGUGGAGAGCCUUUUUUCUGCCAGGUUGGCCCUCAGCAGGACUCGUCUCCUGACUCGGGCUGCCAAAGGAUUCAUGUGUCGAUCUCACAGCAAGUCCGGUGAUUCAAUUGGAGAGAGUGACAACGAGAACAAAGAUUACAUUCCUCUGGUGUUAUUGCAGUUGGCUAGUGGUGCAUUUGCCCUGGACACGGCUCUGUGUGAUGCCAUUAACGUGCCCAUGGACAAGCUGAAGUGGACAUCCCCCUUCAACAGUCACCGCACAAGUCUGGGCCACCUGUCUAACUCCAGCAGCCGCCGUGCUGAGAGUGCCGAUGACGGACGCAGAUCACCAUACGAGCCAGAAACAUAUCAGCACCCUGCAGAGCACACUGUAGGCAUCCACAGCCAUUCUUAUCUGUCCAGAAGUGCCUGGACAGACGCUGGUCCUUCCUCAUUAGGCAGUCCAUCCACCACUGCUGAGCCCCAGCUCUGCCCACACUCCCAGGUGGACAGUGGACAGAGCUCUGGGUCAGGAGUCUUGGAAACAGCAUCACCUGGCGGAUUGCUAAAGAGGAUGCUGGAUCCAGAGGGCAUGGUAUGGGCUACGGCUGUGGCCCUCGCCUGGCUGGAGCAUAGCUCUGCCAGUUAUUUUAUAGAGUGGGAAAUGGUGGCUGCCAAGGCCAGCAUGUGGUUGAGUGCGCAGGACAUCCCAGAAGGUCGAGACUUAGCCUCCAUCAAGGCUGCUGCCAAUCAGCUCUUCAUCAUCCUCAGACACUGGGAUGAAAACCUGCAACUGAAUAUGCUCUGUUACAACCCUAACAGUGUCUAAGGCCUGCUAAUCCAAGACUGAAAAUACAAACCAGUGAAAGUACUCAAUACCAUAUGAUACUAUGCUAACUAAGGCUGUACUAUUCUCUGUUCAGCAGUAUGUCCUCUGGAGUCUGAUUUUGCUGUUGCAGUUGUGAACAAUGUGUAUUUUCUUCUGUUUGUGUGCUGUUCCUCCAGAUUCAUAGGCUCUUCAGAGGCACUAUGUGCAAGCUAUUACCUCGCUGGUGCCAUAUACUGUAGCUGGAACCCUGUUAGCAAGGGAUCUAAUCAGAGUUAUGCCACAGAUUUCAGUUUCAUGGAGAAGACUGUCAGUGUUAAAUUAGUAGCAUGCUGGACCACAGACCAUCAACAUCUGAGAACAGGUCUUAUUGUCAUCAUAUUGAUGUGAUGGAAAGAAUGCGGCAAAACAAAUUUAAGAGAAAACUGUUUGACACCGAUUGACACAUAGUGUUUUAACAUCUUUACAGCAUUUUCUGAAUUGAUUGUAUUGUGGAAAAAAUGUUACAUGAUAACAUCUGGGUACUUGUUAGCAGUACUGCCUGUCUUUUGUAAUGCCUGUCACCAUUACAGUGUAGUUAAUAUUUGCCAUAUUUGCAGUUUGAUUAAAGCAGAGAGAGAAAAAUAUGCAAAACGCUAAAGAAAAUAUAAAAUAUAUGUUAAGGUUUGAUUUAAAAAAAACAAGUGGCUUUGGUGGGAAUGUGUCCCACUAGCAUGUUAUUUGAUGUUAAUUAUUUAAUGAUACAGUUUAUAUUUUUUCACUUAUCUGAGAAAUAGACGAAGUUGGUUGCACUGCAUCUGUUUGCAAGUUAAGUUAGUUCAGCCUAGUUUUAAGCUAAGUGUUUACCAUGUAAGUGGAUAUUUACGCUUUACUAAUUUAAAAAGGGGUUGCACCUAGUGAUGGGAAUUACUGCUUUUGAGGGAGCUUGCUUUUUUGGCUACCGCAUCUUCUGGUCACUGCCUAAGUUAAAUUUGUUGCAAGAAAUAAAUAUGCAAGAUUCUUCAAAAUUGGCUGUCGGAUGGGAGCCUGAUCCCAUUGAUCACUUGAAGGACCUGACUCCUUCAUGUUAAUAUUGUCAUUGUGAGCAUGCUAGCAUGCCAACAUAAGCAUUUAGCUCAAAGCACUGCUGUGCCCAAGUACACAUGAUGGGCUGGACGCGCAAGUUGCAAUACCACGUGCAGCUAACACUUAAGUCUUUCACAGUUAUGACAUUCCUCAGAUUUUAAUGGUGCAACCUGAUCUAGUAAAUCAUUAGUUUGAAAGAAGCUAGUAGUUCAUUAGAACUUAGGAAGGACGAUACACACAGACUUAGUAAUGGAUUUACUCACAGCUGGUGCAACCCAGUCCUGAGGAAUAUGGGCCGUGAUCAGCAGUCCUGCUCUGGGGAUCAGAGAGGAAAGGGCCCUGCUAGUUAUGUCAUGCUCAAAGUUAAUUUUACCACAAGUGCCUAAACGUUUAAAGUCGGCAGAAAAUUUACAUCUAUUCACUGCAGUUUUAUCAUUGUGGGUCAUGAUUGUUUUUUAUUCUCUCUCAAAUAUACAGUAAGUACCCCCCG